CGGAAGGUGCGGCCGUUGCCGCCAUGUUUGAGUCCCGAGAAGCCCUUGAGAGGUGUGCUCCAUCGACCUUGUUGACUGUGUUUUCGCUUAGGGAGGACACCUGGAUGCAUCGGAAGCAGAAGAUGUAAUAUAUUUGGGAGUUUGGAGGUCAGAGGAUAACUCAAACGGGGUCACUUGUCUUGUUCCACCAUGUGUGUAAUGGGGAUUUAUGUGGCUGGGAGAAGUGGACCCUGAAGAUAACCCCGGGUGAGAAUCAAAGAGCAAGCAACAGGGACGUAUAGCUGAGAUGAGCCAGUGACCUUUGAGGAUGUGUCUGUGAACUUCAGUCUAGGAGAAUGGGCUCUGCUGGAUUCCUACCAAAAGAAGCUCUACAGAGAUGUGAUGAUGGAGACCUUUAUGAACCUGAUCUCCAUAGGAAAGACAGAGGAAGAAAGUAUGGAUGUGAAUUACCAGAUGCUCCAGAGAAAUCGGAGAAUUCAGGUGGUUGAGAAAUUCUGUGACUGUGAACAUGGUAGUCAGUGUGGAAAGACCCACCAACAGAAGACAGAGCAUAUUGCUAAUGGGGAGAGUCAUCCUGCAAUCGCAGCCUAUGAAAGCAGUGUGAAUAUAAAAGACAUCAAUAGUCACUCAUCCUCAGAUGCGCUCCUUAGAGGUCAAAAUGAAGAGAAACCAUACAGAUGUCAAGAACUCAUAGGAAAGGCUAUUAAACGUGAAAAAUGUUGGAAAGAUGUUAUUUAUUCUGAAUCCUUCCAGACACUUGAGAGGGUUCCUGCUACAGAGAACAUUUGUGAAAAUAAACACACCAAUGAAUCUUACAGGAUUCCCACUUCUCAACAAGAUUAUGAGAGAACUCACACUGGAGAUGAGCUACACCAGUAUAAACAAUUUGAGAAAACCUUAAAGGGAGAAAGUUAUAUUCAAAUAUAUGAAAGGAUCCAUACUGGAGAAAAACCAUUUGCAUGUAAGCAGUGUGGAGAAGCCUUUGUUAAUUCCAGUCACCUGACCAAACAUCAGAGAAUUCACACAAGAGAGAAAACAUACUCAUGUAGACAUUGUGGUGAAACUUUCCUGUAUUCCAUGGCCCGUCACAAUCAUGAAAAAAUUCACAAAAGAGAACGUAGUUUCAUAUGUAAACAUUGUGGGAAAGCAUGCAUCCACUCUUUUCAACUUCUUCAGCAUGAAAGACGUCACACUCGAGAAAAACGUUACACAUGUGAUCAAUGUGGCAAAGCAUUUAGACGGUCCUCAAACCUUCACAAACAUGAAAGAAUUCACAGUGAAAAGAAACGUUAUGCAUGUAAACAUUGUGGGAAAGCUUUUAUCACUGCGGGCAACUGUUACAACCAUGAAAGAAUUCACACUGCAGAAAAAACGUAUGUUUGCAAGCAGUGUGGGAAAGGAUUUACACUUCCCUCAUACCUUCGAAAACAUGCAAGAAUUCACACUGGAGAGAAGCCCUAUACAUGUAAAUAUUGUGGGAAAACCUUCACCCAUUCUGGUGCUCAUUAUAGGCAUGAAAAAAUUCACACUAGAGAGAAACCAUAUGUAUGUGUAGAGUGUGGGCAGGCAUUCACCUUUUCCAAAUCCCUUCAAAUACAUGAAAGAACUCAUACUACUAGAGAGAAAUUUUAUGAGUGUAACCAGUGUGGAAAAGCUUUUACAUGUUUCUUAUACCUUCGAAGGCAUGAAAAAUCUCACAAUGGGAAGAAACCCAUUGGGUAGAACUUGUACCUGUGUAAGCUGUGUAACAGCUGCUGAGAAUAUUUAUUUAUUUAUCAUUUGUUUGUUUAUUUGUAUGAGGUUUGGGUUAAGAAUACACUCGCCUCAGUGUACACAUGGGGAGCAGCAGACAGCUUUCUGGAUUCAGUUCUCAUCUUUCCUUUAUGUGAGUCCUGAUGAUGGAGGUCAGAUCCUUAAUCUCAACAACCCGAACGACACUUCCGAGCCAUCCCACCAGUAUUUAACGUUCUUUUUUUAUGCAUGACAAUUCUUAAAUAGGUUUUAUAUUUUGUAAUUUUCUAUGUAUACUUUUUCCAACAAACUAGUGGAUAGAUGGGGCUUGAAGGAUGGCUCAAUAGUUGUUUACUCGCUGUGAUUGCAGAAAGAGGACCUGGCUUGAAUUCACAGCACCCAUGUGGUGACUCACAGCCAUCAGUAACUCCAGUUCCUCAUGAUCUGACACCCUCUUCUGAGUUCUGAACAUUGUGUAUACAUACGACAGGCAAAAUACAUAAGAUAAUAAGCCUUUAAAAGAAUGAAGAUAUACUGGGCAUAAUAUAAAACUUAUAAGUGUAAUUUUCCCCAUAGGUGCAAGUGUAUAUAGAUGCAUACCUGUCCUUGCAUCAGGCAUAGUGUAUACCUUUCAUUCCAACACUGGGGACAGAGGCUAGAAAAUUAUAACACUAAAUAUAGAGGUUUUGAAUACAAUUUGUGAGACUUGAGAAAAGACCAUUUACAACCAAAUUAAGUUGUCACUGUUAAAACAUGAGAGGUCCAGGUGUGCCGGCACACACCUUUUAUUUUACCACUUAGGAGGAGGAAAGAGUUAGGCAGGUCUGUCUGGACUCUAGGCCAGUCAGGGAGGGAUACUGAGGCCCUGCCUCAAAAAAGGUGGGGGUGGGCGUGGGGCGCUAGUUUAACAUAGCUACUUUUAGGUCAGCCCGAGCUACAUGAAACUCAGAAAAAAAAUGUUGUGAAGAGGUAAAAAUUCUAAAUUCUCUUAUACAACUGGGUUUUGCAAACGUGAGUGUAAAUAUUAUAAACAAAUUAACAUAUGCAAAUAAAAUAUUCCUGAAAUGAUCACAAA